AUGUUGUCGGUACGGUCAUUAUUUGCGACCACGACAUGGUAAGAAUUUAGAGAAUUAAUUUUGUUUUGAAUUGCUGUUCAGUUCAAGUUAAUUUAAUUUUUUUAAGCCGUUGUCGAGCCGUUUCUGCUAGCAGAUGGAAAUCAAAUGAGGCUACAAGUAAUGAAGAGAAACCUAGUGAUGUAAAACCUGCAGAGGAGAAACCAGUGUAAGAUGCUUUCGCCGUUUUUUUUUGGGUUUAGGUAUUUACAUCAAGUUGACUUAAACUGUUAAGCAUGUUUAUGAAGACGAGAGAGAUGUUUCUCUCUUUGUACGGUUGCAAAGAUCACGAUCUUCGUUCUGAAUGAUGUAUUUUUUAGACACUACGAUCCAAAGUCGAUUCCAAAGCCAUUUACUCACAGACUUCGACAUGAUCCUCUAAAUUUUCCACCUCCACUUGAAAAAUUUGUGGUGAGUACUGUUUGAAGUACCAAAUUAUGAGUUCAUAUCUGAUAUUUAAUCUAACUUGCACUUUCAGGAACCCGGAAUGGCCGACUUCUCAUAUAAUCGACUGUAUGACUACUACAAGAUCGGAGAAAUCAUUGAAAGCCUGCCAACAAUUGAAGAGAAGAUUGCUUUUGCCAACCCAUAUGAGCGUCCAUGGAAGAGGGAUGAACAGAAGUGGCAUCGGUUAGUUCUAUUUGCUUUGUUCUUCUUAUUUUUAGAUUGGAUUUAUAGAAGCCGAGUUCAAUUUGAAACCGAUUUAAGCUUAAUGUCUGUUACUAAAAUUUUUUUCAGGGAGUUUAUGAGAGGUCUGAGUGCACCAAGAAAGGCUUAUAACCUCAAUAGCAUUCCUCAAUACUUUGAUGUCCUCGAUUUUUACGGAUUUAUCACAAAAACAGCCCUUUUAAAAAGCGGAAUUGAUGGAUAUUACAAGGAUCUUCAUCUCCCAACGAGUCGGUUUGAACAGAGAGCCAAGAGUUCCAUUUUGGCUGUAAUGAACGAAGAAAACACAGAGAAGUUUGAUGAUCUAUCAGAGGCAGCGAUUGAUCGGCUUUUGAGGAGACUUCUGGAUGAUGCACUGGCUUCUUUGCCCGAAAAGAAACCCAAAUUUGCUGAACUAAGGGCAAGUCAUUAUCCAUUAUGGUUUUUUGGGAUUUAUCAGAGAUGCUAAGCCUUGUAUGACCAAAAUAUUAUUAGUUUAAAAACCUUAUUCAUGUUCAGGUAUCUCAUCAUCCGCGAUGUGAAUCUUUCUGGAUUAAAGCCGGUUUUGGUCACUUGUAUGCCUACAAAUUUGUCGAUGAGGUCAUUACGAAUAGGAGGCACAUGAAAAAGAUUGUUGGCGAUCAUCGGUAAGAAUCAAAUUAUUUUCGUCAUGGAUAAUGUAAAAAAUAAUUUUUUUAAUGAAUAUUUUUCUAGGCAGAAGCUGGGAGAGUUAGCCUUUACUCAUCGAGACAAAUUCGCCGCAAAUGUUCGAUCGAAGAAUGCGCUGCCACCACUUUUGUCAUCUGUACCAUCAGAAGAUGAGAUAAUUCCGUUGUACAAACUGAAAGACGCACUGCUACCUAGAAUGUACAGUCUCCACCCGGACGCGGAGCCUCUGUGGCAGGUCCCUAACUAUGAACCAGACUCUGGUAGGUAUUUUUUUAUUUUUUAUGUUGCUCAUUUUUAGGCGAAACUCAUCGAUUGGCAAAGGUGGCCAUAAAGAGUACGGUCGGUCUGAAAGAUCGCUUCAAACACUGGAAUAUGGAUGAAGACGAAGAGGUGGAGACUCGGGAAGAGUUGUACAAAUCCAUGGCCAUUGCAAGUUUGUUCAAUUGGAAUAAUGGCCAAGCCCAUUGUCACGGGUUUACUCAAUAUAAUGACGUCACCAGGCCAUUCACCUCUCAAUUAAUACUCUCAAAUGGCCAAGAAUUUGCGUUCUCGGUGGGACAAUUGAACACUCUCGCCUUCAACGUGGAAUGCACUGGAUUCGUGAAUGAGAAAUUCAAUUAUGUUGCGGUUAAUCCGUCGGCGAAGUUGUUUGAUAUCCUAGAACAAGGAGAAUUCAAAUUUAGGGAUGAAGAGGGCAAACUGAAGUCGGGAUUGAACCCGAAUGUCCUUCAGAGCUUCUUGAGGACUCUUUGUGUCUAG